AUGAAGCUGCACACAAGGACUUUGCUUGCACCAAGCACUAGAUUCUUUUCUAGUACAUCCAUCCACCGCGCAUUGAAUCGCCCUCAUCGACCUCAUUCCCCUACUCAUGCUCAAUCUAAACCACAGCACGAAUCUCGUUUCCAACCUCGAACGGGCAGUAACUUGUCUCCAAGACAAACCCGAUUUGGCAAUAACAAUGAAAGGUAUGGCUCAGCAUCGGGUAAACAACUGGGUCAAAACGAUCGUUAUAGAGGUGACUUUGCACCUAAAAGAUACAACAACCACAACAAUAACAGCAACAACAACAACAACGGUGGUUAUCCAAGCUCCAAUGUAAACAGUAGGAAUGCUGCACCCCCUAACCAAAAACUGAAUAUCAAUCAUUUUGCAAAUGAUAAAUUUGCAAAAGAUGGUUACUAUACACGUAGGGAUCUUUAUGAAUUGCAAGAAAUAUUAGAAAGUAGCACAGAAUCUACAAGAGAUGCAAUCCGGUCACUAUUGAAUCAAUUGGUCGAUAUAGCCCCUGAUCGAUUUGUUAAUUUGGUGACUGAUCAAGGGUUGAAAGAGACGGAUAUCAAGUUUGUGAUAAAAAAUUUGGAUUUGAAAAAAGAAGGAAUAUCUAUACAUUCGAGCAGCAGAAAAGCUGACUCAAAGACAGAAGAUGGGGCAGACAAGGGAGCCAGUACCAAGCCGCAACUCCCAAUUGUGCGCAUUCGUCCCAUAAGGGAUAUGAUUCAAGCCUACUCCGAGGAAAAAGCGAAACUCAAGGAACUCGAAUUGAUCAGCAUGGGCUCCAAAAAGGCAUUGCGUCAAAUGGACAAAAAAUUGAAAACAGCGCAAAAGCAAAGCAGUGAGAAGUCCAUACAAUUUACCUGGGGAAUAAGCAUGAAUGACUUGAAAAACCAAAAAUUCAAUGAAUUGAAAAACCGUCUCCUGGGAAGUAAAGGCAGUAAUAAAGUUAACUUAUACUUGAUCCAUGAUCAGCGAAGGGCAGAUUGGUCAGUAUACGAUAUAUACAAAAAAGACCAACUGGGUGAACAAGUUAAAUUGGAGUUGAAAAGAAGACAGUUGGUUAAGAAAACAGUUGAAGAGAUGUUGAAUAACGAAGAAUUGGGGUGGACCUGGACUUCGGAAGGAGAUGUCGAAACAAAGUUGGUUUAUUCCAUAACAAAAAAACCAACUACCGGAGGUACAAAUAGUACCAGUACUAUUAAACAAACAGAUAAAAAUAGAGACGGAACAAUUAGGGAUAAGAAGAAGGAGAAACUUGGUUCUGCUGUGUCUGCAUCAAUAUCACUGCAGCAAGCAGAACCUAAACCGCCAGCCAAGGAAAAGAAAAAAUUAACAGAUGAGGACCUUGAUGCAUUAUACUCAUUCAAGAUUGACGAUUAA